GCAACAGCAGUCGUUGAAUGGUAGAUCUACAGUUAGGGAGGACAGAAAUGUAAAAUUAUUGAAAGGACGCUGCCUGUCUUUAGUGGGAGUGGUGUCUUUGCUGUGCAGCGCUUCCCUGAACACGUACCUGGUGAGUUAGCUAGCUCGAACUCGGAAAGAGAGAGGGAGGUUCUGUCUUCUGGCUUCGUAAGCACACCUCGGUCGUCGUUCAAGCACGACGAAUCCGAGUGAGUGGAGUUGGGAGCUGUCGACUUCCAGCACACGUAGCCGAGGACCAUGGCUUCUGUAGACUUCAAGUUCAAGGAGAAUCAGCCGCCGCCGCUACAGCACGCUAUGGAGAAGAGGGACGACGCAAGCAAGUCAAACAGAGGGUGGCCUAGUGCGGUAGUGCCACUACUAGUGGCGGGCACAGCCCCAGUGGCAGUGGAACUGGAAGCGAGUACGAGUGCGGCGCGCGCAGGAUGCAUGUCUGCAGGCGUGACCUCGGGAGAUGUGAAAGAGAAGAUUCUGGGUCUGUCGAGCCCUCAUCGUGUUCUACGGUCUCAGCAGGCUGCGGAGGCGUUCGUCGUCGACUUCGCCGAUGUUCACACUUGUCCAGUUCAGGCACAGCCCGCUAACGCUGCAUACGAUGAUGAUGACGAGGGGUCAACCAGCGACGACGGGCAGCCGCGUGCGCGCGAAGAUUGCGAGGGUUCGUGUAGCGACCACGAUGCUGGAGAAGACUUGCCAGAGCAAGCACACGGAGAAGAACUACUUCAUGAGGUUGGUGGUCCACCAUGUCCACGUAACGGCGACACCUGGAACGCCGAGGGCGAAAAGGGCAAUGGCAAUGGGGCGGCUGCGUGCCUGAGCACCAACACCAGAGCUGGCGAUAGUAACGAAGACGACACCGACAACUCCGCAGCAGCCAUGCCGCCCAGGGCCCAAAGAAAGGCCGGAAAGAAAGAGGUCGGCGACACCGCCGCUAAGACAGAAGAACCAUCUCUGCAAAGUGCAUUUCAGAAAUUCCGUGCCAAACGCCAGGUAGGUAGUAUUGUGAAAACCAAACGCAAACCUGUCGCCCCCGCCGGUAAGAAAAAAGCUGCCGGGAAACGAAAGCGUGUUGCAGUAAAAGCGAAGAACAAAACUGGCAUAACAUCAGCCAGAGGUCGACCAGGCACGGCGCGGGGUGCGCAAUUGGUUGCAAAAUCCGCGAGGCGUGAUCUUAAGCUGCAGCAGAAUCGGGCCAACAUCAAGCGCACAGACGCGGCGGAAAUGGAACGGCUGCGAUGCAUGUUUCUAGAGAGGACAAAGCAUUACUUCGGCGUGCCCUACGCUAAGAGAUAUCAGAAAGCAGGAACUCCAGAGUACGAUGCACCGCUGUUCCUGGACUGCUGCGGGCUAGUGAGACAAGUGCUGCGUGACUUGGCCGACGAGUUUGGCUUUGCCGUAGGACCUUGGAACCAGGCAUACAUGUAUGAUACCUUACCGAUCAAGCUCAGCGGACCAGAAGAGAUGAAGCCUGGUGACCUGGUCUUUGUGUCCGGCAUCUACAACAAUCCAAAGUCCAGGAAACAGAUUCAUAACAUGGUACAUGUGGAAGUAUGGGCUGGUGACGGCCUGAAGACAAUCGGAGCAAGGUGGUUCCGUGGCAAAGUGCAAGUUCACGAUAGCUAUCAAUACGAGUCGACAACAUACCGGGACAUGAAGUAUCAUUUCUGCUCCAUUGAUACCUGGCUGCAAGGGGUGUGUAAAAGCUUCUGUGAGACGCAUCGCUGGAACAAGGACCUGGCGUUGUACAGCAAACACUCCGUCUUCUAUGCCGCCGAUGAUGUGCAAGAAGACGAAACAGGUGAGGGGAAAACCUCAGUACCAGCAUUGAGCGAAGCAGGAUCAACAACAGCAACAGAACAAUCAACAACACUAGCAGCAGUUCAAGCAGAAGAAGCAACACCAUCAACAGCAGAAGCAGCCCCUGCAACCGCCACUCCAACAGCAACAGCGGAAAAGUCACCAGCCGCAGCUUGUCACGGCAGCACUGCCGGCAAAAAAGUGAUGACCGGUGCAGCAAAAGGAACCACACGUAGACCUACGACGGUGGCUGCUAGAAGCAAAAGUUCCCCGGGAGUUGUCAAGCAUCCAAGUGCAAAAAUCUCCAUUCGAGCACCUCCGAAAGCAAAGAAUGGACCGGAGAGUUCUGCGACAAAGCAAUGCGAGCAGAGAGCUCGCCAAACUGACCCCUCGGAUCCAGCAGUACAAGAAGCUAGCAGCAAGACCGCCACACGACCAGACAUGCUGAAGGCUGAGGACCAGGGCGGCAUAGCACAUCCAAACUCCGAGCCAGGUGGCAAUGGUAGCAGCAAGGCAACAUCAACCUCUGGCGAUAGCUCUGCGACAGUUCAAUCCAGUGCAGCCAGUGGAACCGGCAACCCAGGCAAGGCCACUGCAGCAGGGAAAAAGAAGACGUCUUCCUCAACGGCGGGGAAGUCCAGCAAACCUCAUGCACGCAAGAGCUCCGUGCCGAGUUGUGCCAAGCCGGCGUCAUCGCAGUCCAAGAACGUCUACUGCAUCAGUGGAGGCAACGGAGGAUGGAUAGUUGACGAAAUACUGAGCGCGAGGGGAUGGCGUAAGUCUGAUGACCCAAACAUACUGCACUACAGACUGAAGUGGACAGAACUGAAAGUUAACAUCAACUUUGAAGCGUUCAGAGCAGGUGAGCAGCUGGUCAAUCACAUUCCACAGAUCGAGUUGCUCACCACCAAGGUGAACCUGGCGAUGACUCUUCGCGAGUACGACCGCUCUUGUCAAAUGUCUUACCAACGCGGCCUCAGCAGAAAGGCGCCGAUGUCUGUGGGCAGCUUUCUUCCCAUGACCUUCAACAUGGAACGGAAAGCCGACCGCGAGGAGUUUAAAAUGACCUAUGAAGAUGGAGACAUCUGGAUCUGCAAGCCGUCUGCCAUGAACCAGGGCAAGGGAAUAGAGCUGAUCCGCAGCAUGGCCGAAUUCUGCCAGAAAUUCUCAGAACCGAUGAGCAGCAAUGCGGCAGGGGGAGAUCCGUUUGCCUCCACAGCUCUGCCGUCACACGGUACUGCUGUCAGUGGUGGUGGGGGUGAUGCCGAGAGCGCCGCAAUCCGCCACGCCCUGGCCAAUCCAACGCGUAGCGCCAUGGCCUCGUCUCUGCCGAAGAAGAAGGCCGCUCUGCCGCACAAGCGUCUCCAUCAGUACACCUACGUGAUGCAGAGGUACAUAACACGCCCACUGCUGGUGGAGAAUUGCAAGUUUGAUGUGCGCUGCUACAUGCUGAUAGCCCACACUGCGCCGUACAUUGUCCUCUUUCACCAUGGUUACGUACGCCGCUGCACAGUAGCAUACAGCGAGGACACACUGGACCGUAGUGCACAUCUCACUAAUCAGGCAGUACAACGCCAGCAAGCAGGCUACGAACACGUUAAAGAGGACACCGUGUGGUCUAUGGAGCACUUACAGCAAUGGCUCAACACAAACUGGAAACACCCAAAUGACGGCACGCCUAUUCCUCCGGACUUUGUCUCCAAAGCACUCACUAAGCGUAUGCAGCAGAUAAUGAUGUUCUGCUUCAACAGUGUGAAGUCGAAAUUGCCUACGAACAGUGGUGAAUUCGAACUGCUUGGCUUCGACUUUCUCAUCGACGAUCUUUUGAAGGUGUGGCUACUUGAAGUAAACACUAACCCAGCUCUACAUACUAACUGUGAUGUGCUGAAAGAUCUCAUACCACCACUCGUCGAAAACACUCUCGACAUUGUUCUGGAGAUUGCCCGUAAAGCAAGACGUGGUGAGCGUCUUCUGCCGCUCACAAGCGUGAACAACUUCACUGUCUUGUAUACCGAGGAAGGACAUCGCCGAUGAACGUUUGCCUGGACAUCUUCCACUUCAGUCUGUGUGUGUGUGUGUGUGUGUGUGUGUGUGUGUGUGUGUGUGUGUGUGUGUGUGUGUGUGUGUGUGUGUGUGUGUGUGUGUGUGUGUGUGUGUGUGUGCAUGUGCGUGUGUGUGCAUGUGCGUGUGUGUGUGUAUAUGUGUGUAUGUGUGUGUGUGUGUGUGUGUGUGUGUGUGUGUGUGUGUGUGUGUGUAUGAGUGUGUGUGUGUAUAUGUGUGUGCUGCCAUACAUGGUAUCAACGUGGACAAGCAUAUUCUUUGUGUAGUCGAGGACUACGAGUACCUUUCACCAGGCUGUCUUGAAACAGUCACAGCUGUAUGUACGUUUGCUACCGACCCUGACGCACAAGCACACGUAUACUGGUUGAGCACCACCGCAUAUACCUUGAACACAUCUGCACACAACUUGCCCGUGAGCUGCCAUGUACCUCGUACGUGUGGAUGGAGGUCGAGGCUGACGACCGCCUCUGCAAGUCUGGUAAUAAACUCGUCCGGGGCUGCUUGGUUACCUUGCCCGCAGCUGUAUGCCAGUAUCUGUGAUCCCCGCUGCACCGGAUUAUUCCUAUCAUCUGCCCAAGUGCUUGUACAAUUGAUGAGACUCAAUGUUAGUUUUUAGAGUUACUUCCUGGUAACGCCAAUAUUUCAAUGUACUUUGUUCGAAUUUGGGGCUUUCCCUUCCUAACUGUGUGGUAUUUAUACUAAUAUCAUUGUUGCUCAGUCUCUAUGGGUGAAUACUGAAUAGACGAA